AUGUAUGAUGGUGGUAACUUUUUAAACAACAAGUCACUCUAUUAUGGAAUGUACGACGAGAAUGAGCAUUCAUUAUUUGUAGAUAAUCCAAAUACAUCUUCAAUUUCAAUGGUUUCCGAUGUCAGUGGCAACAAUGGAGUUGGUUUGACGGAUAACACUGGUAAUAACAAUAAUAGUGGGGCCACUGCAAUGUAUAUGCAAAAUCUACAACAACAAAAUCAACAUCAAAAUCAACAUCAAAAUCAACAACAACAACCACAACAACCGCAACAACCACAUUAUAAUGGACUAAUUCAACAACAACAACCACACCAACCAAUUUUUAAUCAUCACCCAUACCCCAAUUAUCAUCCAAGUAUUCAACAACAACAAUAUUAUGUGGGAUUGAGCAAUAACAAUAACAAUAGCAAUAACAAUAACAACAAUAAUGUACUCUUUCAAUUAUCACACUUAAAUAAUUUCAACGCCUCUUCUGCCUCCACCACACCAACAAUGAACACCAAUGUAACAUAUGAUGAACAACUUUUUCAAAAGGAAUCAAAGCCUAAUGAUGAACAUUUAGGUUUCUUAUCGGAUCAAUCAACUAACCAAAUUGAUUUAUUAAAACAACAACAAUCACAAAUUCAAAAUAGUAAUAAUAACAGCAAUGCAUUUAUUCAUCUUAAUUCACCACCUCAAUCACCCUCAAAUUUAAUGAUCCACAGUAAACAACAGUCACCAAUUAUAUCAUCGGUGGACGCCGCGAUCAAUGCAACAUUUGGAAACAAUAAUCGUCUUCAACAACAACAACCUCUACAGAGCUCUGGCGACAUUCAGCCACCAUCCACUCCAAGUGGAUUCCUGCUGAAUGCAUCAUCACAAUCCAUCUCAAAUAAUAAUAAUAAUAUCGGUAGUAAUUCAACUCCAUCUUCACCAGCACUUGUACAGUCAAAUCUUAACAACAACAACAAUAACAAUACAAACACCACAACAAGCUCCAAUCCAAUUUAUUAUCAAACACCGUUCGCUGUAAAUAUACCUUCCAACAAUGCUCCAACUUUGGCUUCGGUGCCUUUAGUUACCAACAACAUCAACAGCAGCAGUAAUAGUGCAUUCAAUCUUUCAUCGUCGUUGUCUUCGUCUGGUGGUGACCCAAUGGAUUCAAACAGUAAUAACCAGAGUGGUUCCAACAUUCCCACACAUCCACUCUCAACCAUGCCAGCAAUUCCAACAAGUUUGACUUCAAACUCGGUCAGUCCAUUUCUUGAGAAUUUCGGCCAAUCUAUCAGCGGAAGUGGCGGCAUGCCGCCAAUGGCUUCAUCACCAUCAACAAAAAAACCUGCUAAACCAAGGAAGAAACAAACAAAGAAUCAAUCAAUUGAAAAUCUAUCGGAGUUGGUAAAUGGAAAUACAAGUGAAACUGGAACAAGUCCAUCGUUAAGAGGCUACAAAAAGUCAAAUAGUUUCCCAAUUCUAAAGAAACAAUGUACUUCUUCAUCCGACAGUAUCACUCCAUCGAUGUUUGAUCGUUCAGAGAGUGGAAUGCUUCCCCAAGUCAAACAGGAAUCCAAUCCUCUUUCCUCUUCAGAAUCGUCUGUUGACGGCGGUACCAUGGUUUUCCCGAUGGACAACCUGGAGGAUUCCGGUUUGUCAUCGUCGGUGGGCAGUGAGUCAAUGCCAACAGCACCAGCCACCGGUGGUGCUAGAGGAAAGAAGAAGAAGCUUCGCCUCGUCAUCAAAGAUACCCAAUCACCUAGUUCCAGUCCGAAAUUGCAAUCCAAGUCGCCUUCACACUCAAUGUUAACACCAACACUUUCUGGUCUCUCAUUGUCCAGCAGUUUUGGCUCACCCAAUCCAUUCAACUCACCAUUGUUGACACCUGGCUCACCCAGUCUGAAUCGAUCCACCACCUCUCUGGUUACUUCUUCACUCUCCAAGUUUGAACUACAAGAUUCAACCGAUGCACUCUCACCACCUCAACCAUCGAUUUCCUCUUCAUCCAACAGUAUUCCACAAGGCGGACUACCAAGUUUCUUUUUGAAUCAAGAGUUUGCCAAGAAGCUCAGAGACACACUGGUUCCAACAGAGUUUUCCGUUGACAACUCAGAAAGUCGACCAUCGAUUCAAGACAACAUCAAUACACUUCAAGCCAUCAUUCAGUCGAUGGACGAAUCAGCCAAACGCGACUUUUCCUCAUCAUUCUCCGAGUUGUCCAACGACAGUAACAAUUUCUAUCGCUUGCCAGAAUACGAUACUCCAAUCACGGAAUCUGCAUUCCAAAAGAAAUUGAUCAACUUCUUCCUCUUCCGUAUGAUGAUGUUACCGAAUCCAAAUAACGUUGUGAUGCCAAUUCCCCCACAGGCCACCGGACAUUCCAUUGCCAAAUCCAAUUCCAACUCUGAUAGUUCACUCACCAGUAGUUCCAAUAAUCUCAGUGCAUUGUUCUCACCCAAUCUUUCAAAUCAGAAUGUAACACCAGCUUCGCCUCCUUUCGCACCGUUGUCGCUCUCUGGUUCCAUCGAUAUGUCGCCAGAUCUGCACUGCGAAGCACCACUCUCACCAGGUGGUUCUGGCUUCCUCGAACUCUCUGACCAUUCGCAUUUCAUGACCGACAAGAAUCCAUUGUCCAUGACAUCGAGCUACGAGAAUUCAGGUUUCACCAACAACAGCAACAACAACAACAAUGCAUCAUCCACUUCAUCGUCGCCAGUUGUCACAACUGCAUCUCCGAUUUCACCAGUUUCUCCAAACUCACCAAAACGCACACACGAUCGAAUGCUAACUGAUAACAUCACCAAUAACUACCAACUACACCAACAACUUCACUAUCAGCAACAACAGCAACAGCAACAAAUGUUACAGCAACAACUCCAGUAUCAACAGAUGAUGGGUGGCAAACCAAUUUAUAACAAUGAUUUGGUCAAUCAAUAUUUUUAUAACCAAUCGUCUCCACAACAAAAUCAAUAUGUUCAACAACAACAACAACAAACACAGCAAUCAACUACCCCAACUCAUCCACUUUUACAAAGGGCAAACAGUAAUCCAUCAAUCAUCUCCAACAAUAGCAACUCACAAAUUGUAUACAAUCAAAGUUUUUCAACCAACAACAGUCCCCUGAUAGGCUCGACCCCCGCUACCGCUCCUCUUUUUGAUAGUCAGUUGUCACUGACACAACUAACUCCACCUCCUCCAACAACCACCUCCACCACUACAAAAGUAAAGAAAGAAAGAAAAAAGAAACAAUCUCAAUAG